CCAAGCAAGUGCAGCUCACUGCGAUUGCACUCUCCAAUCAGAAACCACAACAAACACUUUGAUUAACCAAAACACAUCGAUCCCAUUAGAAUCUCACUGCACAAUGGGAGAUAAGGUUAUCGGAUCAGAGAGUUGGGUAACCGAUUCAAUCGGUGGAAAACUACGGAACGAUGACAACGUGUUUGCGCAGCGGAUUGUUAAUUGUUGUGCUGGGGAUUCUGGGAAUUCCCCAACCGAUAUCUGCCGGUAAUAUUCUGGCCGUGUAUCCGCACUUCGGCUUCAGCCACUUCAAGGUGGUGAUGCCCAUCCUGAACGAGCUGGCGCAUCGUGGUCAUGACAUCACGGUGAUCUCGUACGUAAAGAACCCCCAAGCCGGAGCCUAUCCCAACUACGAGGAGCUACUGAUUUCGGCGCCUGGAGAGGAUCAGUCGAGCACCACGAUCAACUUGGUUCCCCUGACGGAGCACACACCCACCAGAUCCCUGGGAGUGCUGAUCCGAGAGUAUGUGGCCCUGCACGAAGAGGGCCAGAAGACCUGCGAGCACCUCUUCGCCAGUGGCCACAUAGAAGGGGCCAUCGAACGCCAUCGAAAUAAGCCCUAUGAUCUGCUACUCACGGAAUACUUCAACUCCGAUUGCCAACUGGCCUUGGCCAAGAUAUUAAACCUUCCAAUUAUAGGCUUGAGUACCUGUGCGCUGAUGCCCUACUAUUACGAUCGCAUCGAUCUGCCCGACACACCUGCCUUCAUACAGUCGGAAUUCGUGGGAUUCGCUGGCCAGCUGAACUGGCACGAACGACUGCUCAACUUUGUUCAGGCCAAGUUAUUAAAGUUCCUGUACAAGUACCAUUCCAGUAGGGCUGACAACGAGGUGGUACGGAAGUAUCUUGGAGUGCAAGUAGAUGUGGAAGAAGUGGCUCGAACUCAAACCGCUUUUAUAUUCGGAAAUCAACAUUACUCCCUGAUGGGAAGCCGUCCACAAUCACUGCAAUUUGUGGAAAUCGGAGGAGUACAUAUCACCAAGAAGGCGGAGCAGGAGUUACCACAGAAUAUCGCCAAUUUCCUUAACCAAUCAGCGGAGGGUGUGAUCUUCAUAAGCUGGGGUUCAAUGGUGCGGGCUUCAAGUAUUGACGAAGAUAAACUGUCAGCCAUACUAGAAGUUCUAAAAAGCCAGCCCUUGAAGAUCAUUUGGAAAUGGGAGGCGGAAGAGACUCCCGAUACAGAUUCCUCCAAGUUCCUCUUCGUCAAAUGGGCUCCCCAAUUAGCCCUUCUAUGUCACCCCAAAGUAAAGUUGUUUUGGUCCCAUGGCGGCUUACUUGGAACCACCGAAUCGGUGCAUUGUGGCAAACCCCUACUAGUCACCCCAAUCUACGGAGAUCAGUUCCUGAAUGCAUUCUCGGUGCAAAAUCGUGGAAUGGGCCUGAAGUUGGACUACCAAGACAUCACUGUACAAAACCUAAAGAAAGCCCUUGCAGAGCUUCGUAAAAACAGUUACGCCCAACGAUCUCUUGAGGUCUCCAAGGUGUUCAACGAACGUCAGCAGACGCCUCUGGAAUCAGCCAUUUGGUGUGUGGAACAUGUCAUUAGCAAUGGAUUGAUUGCCGCCAGACUACUUCAAUCUCCAGGCAUAGAACUGAAUGGAUUUGUUUACCAUUCACUGGAUAGUGUAGUCCUGAUUCUGUUACCUUUAAUUCUACUAAUCGUAGUCCUAUGCUAUCUGUGCAAACGGAAUCCAGCGAAGUUAGCCCACAAAAAAGUUGGCAAGAAGCCAAAGAGAUCGUAG